CGGUUAGAAAGCCUAAGAGCCUCAGUUUGAAUGGGACGAGGAUCGUGCGGGCGCACGCGAGGAGGAGUGAUGAGAGCCGGUGUUGGCUAUAGUGAGUCAGGCGGGAGCGGGGAGGGGUUAAAAGUUAGCCGGGCGGGCGAGGAAAGCUUCCGGCAGGAGACAUCUAUAUUAACAGUAUUAACGGCAAACUGCGUUGCAGGAACCCAGGAGUGCGGCAGGACGAGCGCCCCCAAUUUCGGGAGGCUGAGGGAGGAAGAGAAAGGCUCUCCCGUGGGGCGCCAAGACGCCUCAGCUGCAGGUGAGCCGACUCCUCUCACCUGGACGUCGACAGGCCUAUGAUGACACUUUUAUUAUUGUUGUUGAAGAUGCUGCCCUGUCCUCCUCCCUGGUUGGUGUAGGGAUGCUGCGAUGGGCAAUGAUGUAAUUUCCUGCAACAGCACAGCGCCGUGGUGGGUUAUUGUGCCCACCCUCUGUGAGAUGUUUCCCUGCACCCUUCCUCCAUCAUAAUGUGAAAAUAACAGUUUUUAAAAAAAUCAUUACUAACAGUCUUCAGCACCCGGAUGCGCCCUUGCACCUCUCUCCCCAAACUGCUUACUCUAGCAGUAACCAGCGGUAAAGUACUUCACUUCCACAGCUGUCCCCAACCUCCAGAAUUAAGGUGCCACUGAGUGCCAAUUUUCUUUUUCCUGUGGUCAGCAGGGCAAUGUCACUUAUUUAUUUAUGGGAGUUGUACCCCUGCACUUUAGUUUAAAACAGUGUCUCCCAAAUGUGGGUCUCCAGUGGUUUGGGGACUACAAUUCCCAUCAUCCCUGGCCACAGGUCCUGCUAGCUAUAGGGAUGAUGGGAGUUGUAGUGCAAAAAACCAGCUGGAGAUCCAAGUUUGGGAAACACUGGUUUAAAAGGCUGUUGGAGAGACUUACCAAAAUCAGUACUAAGAUGGCCCACAAAGACAUGACACAUUGGGAGGAAGGGAGGGCUGUCGGUUUCACUCUCCAUGGGCAAAAGCCAAGUGGGGGAGGAGGGUUUAAGUCAGCCACAGCAACAAAGGCUAAACUGGCAGGAGAACACAUCUUCUUUGACCCUGUUGAAUACUAUUACACAAAAGCAACAAGCUGUCCACCAUAAAUGAUUCCUUAUGGCUGUGGAACAUUUGACAUAUAGGCACAUGGACUCAGUUGAGAGAAUCAUAGAAUUGUAGAGUUACAAGCCCCAGCACAGCAGGAAUCUUUUUGCCCAAUGUGGGGCUGGAACCCACAACCCUGAGAUUAAGAGUCUCAUGCUCUACUGCCUGAGCUAUCCAGUGGCAGGUCUGGUCAUAUAUUUUUCUCUAUUUCUCAGGAAUAAAAUAUUCUGGCAUAUCUUCUAGUAUCAACCAGAUUAUACGAUGGCAAAUUUACUGCUGGAUAUAGUGUUUCAAACAGGCUUAGGAUCUUUGAUAUGUAAAUUUCCAAGCCUUAGAAAUUGUGACUUUUAUGGAGGUGACAAAAAAGUAACUUAUAUUUGUUACCACUUUGGCAUGAAUACUGAAUAUGCUUACUAAGAACGAAACAGGCACAUAAAAAUACAGAAUGUCGGAAGGAACAAGUGUAAAUAUGCAUUAAGAUGUUCUUGAUUUAGCGAACACACUCUUGGUCUAGGUCAGGGAUAGUGAUUACGUAGUCUUCCAAAAGCUGUUGAGCUCCUACCAUUGCUGACCACUGACCAUGCUAGCUGGGGCUGAUGGGAUUGGAGUCCAAUAGCAUCUUAAGAGUCAUAGAUUCUCCACUCCUGGUCAAAGUACUAAAGUUUAAAGCCUCCAGACGUUCCAACAUUAUAUUCUUCAGGGCUUAUUGCACUUAUUUUUCAGAUAAAUCUGCUUCAGGAAGAGAUGGGCAAGUCCAGCCACCAUCAGCAUUAAAAGUAAGUUUAUCUGUUUGGGGGGGGCGGGCGGGCUGAGGGAUAAUAUCCUUGCUAAAAUACAUAAAUAAUGGCUAGAAGAGAAGGUGGUUCAGUAUGGAUUUUAACGUUACCAAAGUUCUUUAGGCUGUUCCCUUGUUCUUACAUAAUAUGUUGUUAGGAUUGUCCAGCCUGUGCUCCUGCAGCUGUCUACCAGCUCCAUCAGGUGCACCAGCUGGGACCCUACUUGCCUGCACACUGGAUCGCCAUAAUUUUACAUGCUCUGGUUACCUCCCGCUUGGAUUACUGCAAUGCACUCUACAUAGGGCUACCUUUGAAGGUGACUCGGAAACUACAACUAAUCCAGAAUGCGGCUGCCACACUGGUGACUGGGAGUGGCCGCCUGGACCAUAUAACAUCAGUCCUAAAAGAUCUACAUUGGCUCCCAGUACAUUUCUGAGCACAAUUAAAAGUAUUGGUGCUGACUUUUAAAGCCCUAAAUGGCUUUGGCCCUGUAUACCUGAAGGAGCGUCUCUACCCCCAUUGUUCAGUCUGGACACUGAGAUCCAGCUCCAAGGGCCUUCUGGGGGUUCCCUCAUUGCAAGGUUACAGGGAACCAGGCAGAGGGCCUUCUCAGUAGUGGUGCCCGCCCUGUGGAACACCCUCCCAUCAGGUGUCAAGGAAUUAAAUAUAUAUCUGACUUUUAGAAGACAUCUGAAGGCAGCCCUGUACAGGUAGGUUUUUAAUGUUUGUGUUUCUUUAAGAUAAAAAGAGAACAUGGGCUUGCCUCAUUAUCCUGAAGCAUAUGGAUAACCCAAUCCAAAGAUAUGACUUUUCUUUUGGCAGCAAUGUUGUGAACAUAGUACAGAAUUCAACAUGCACAAUACAGAUAUCAAAUAUACCUGGAUCAACUGUUUCAAAACUGUACAUUAAUUAAUUUCAUUAAUUUAUUAUUUAUACCCCACCCAUCUGGCUGGGUUUCCCCAGCCACUCUGAGCAGCUUCCAACAGAGCACUAAACUACAAUAACCUAUUAAACAUUAAAAGCUUCCCUAAACAGGGCUGCCUACAUGGCCUAAAGAGAGAUCACUGUCUAACAGAGCAAUCAAAUUCCUUCUCUGCCCAGUUUAGCCAGCCAGCAAAGAGGAGUCCCACCAGCAGGAGUCAGUGGAAAAACUCAAAAUGUGUUCUGGGGGCAGAGCUGAGCUGGCAUGGGAUCCAUAGGAUCCUGAGCAGGUCUCAGUACUGUUGUGCAGUGGCAUGAGACCUGAUCUGGGCCUGGUGGCUGCGCCAGCUUGGAGUCAGAUCAGUGAUCAGGCUUGGAUUUGGCUCUGCCAUUGUGCCCUGCCAUACCUUCAACAAUUUCCUCUUGCUACAAUGGUAUGCCGUUUAUAUCUGGUAAGAUAAUAAAUAGCAAGUAAAGAUCACAAUCUAGGCAUAGGAAGAAAAAGUGCAGACUAUGUCUAAUUAAUUAAUUUUACAAUAUAGAUCUUACAACAGCAGUUGGAUUCAUUUCAAGCCCUUCGACAACAAACUUUGCAGAAUGUCAGCAUGGUAAGACCAAGUCCUAAACAAGGUUUAAUUCCUCAUUCAAUGCACAACCUUUCUAAAGGCCUCUAAUAUUCGCAUGUUGCUUUUACAUGUCAACUUUUUCUUGUUGUUCUCCUGCUCUGGAUCACCUCAUCCUCUCAAAAUUCCUUGCAAUGAACAUCUGCCACUUGGUUCCCCAAUUCCAGAUAGUAGAUAAACUGCAGCUGGCUGACUGUUGGACACUUUGUCUAAAUGCCUGUGGUGAAGAAGGCCGUUUCAAGUGUCAGAUCACCUUCCCUUUAUUUUUUCCAAUGAUUCCCAUUCCUACAAGAUAUGGUUAAACGUAUAUAUCAAAGUUCUGAUAAACUCUGGGGUUUUCCCAUUGUGGAAGCAAGAAGGGACUGGUCAUGCUUGCCAACAAUAUAUGCAUAUAUAAAUAUUAUUAUUAUGUUUUUUUCAGAGGUUCCACAGUAAAUAGUAUAGUCAGAGAUACCAUGGUUUGCUAUCCAGCAACACAUCCAAUAAUAAGUAAUACUAAAUAUUUAAAUUCUGCAAAUGCUGUAGGGUGGGGUGGUGGUGGUAAGUCCCACUGAACGCAGUGGAACUUGCUUCUGAGUAAGUGACAUGCAUACAUUUGUACUCAAGUAUUUUUAAGAAUAAAAAUAAGUUGCUACUAGGCUUAAAACAUGGGUGUGGUUCUCCCAAUAUUAGCGGGCUAAUACAGUUCCCAUCAUCCUUGACUACUGGCCAUGCUUCUUGGAGAUGAUACAAGCUGGAGUCCAACAAUGUCUUGAGGGCCACAGCUUCCCACCUCUGCCUUUAAACCAAUAUAAAAAGGAUGAAAGCAGGAGAAGGAUAACUAUCUCACUUCCUGUUUCUUCAGGUUCAGUCUGAAAUCAACCAUAUACUUAAUAAAAAUAUAACUGAUAUGAAGAGCCCAGAAUUUAUUCCAGACAAUUUACUUUUGACCAGCUCGCCUAUCAACACUACUAUGGUAUGUGGGGUUGUUUUGCUUUGUUUUGCUUUGCUGACAUUAAUUAUAUAAUGGCAUUUUACGGUUCAAAGGAACUAAUCCCUCGGCUGAAUUUACCAUCAUUUCUGAUCCAGAGAGCAGUCCAUGUAAUAUGCACCACAGUGCUCCAUAAAGUAGAGAGCAAGUGUACUGCCACUUAGGAUAUAAUUAAUUCUCCUUGACUUUGUGACAUUAUAAUCUUGGACAGAAAUGCCCCAGUUUCCUGAGGUCAGGAGCUGGAGUCAGGCGUAGGUCAGCAAUAAAACAAAAACAUGGUGUCAGUGAAGAUAGCUCUUUAUUCAAAGAAACCAAACUGGCAUAGUGAUCCAAGCAAUUCUUCCCAGUAGGUCUUGCCCCAAUGAAACAGUUGUAAGGACUGAAGGUCCCCACCUUCCCAACACACUCUAUGGCUGCUCCUCUCCAGGGUCUUUCCCAAGCAGUCGCAAACUGCAUCUGUGCACAACCCAAUUCCUUGUUGAAUUACUCUUUGCUUUUCCCUACUAUUAAUGAUUUUUAAAAUGCCUUAAAAGCUAGAUAGUGUACAAUGAUUAUAUUCAAACAAACCUACCCUGCCCACAGCCCUACCAUCUUAAAAACAAGCACCCACACACAAGAACUAAAGAUGGAAAGGAGAGGAGAAGAGACACAAAAGGAAAGGGAGGCAGUAACUAGAGGUCAUAAAUUGGGGAGAACUAGCAUACUUUCAAAUGCUGUUCAGACAGUUGCAAAGAGAGAAAGGCGCAGAUGUCAGGAGGCAGUGAUUCUGUGGAAUAAAAUCUGUAUCAAAACCUAUAUUCCCUUUUGAAAACAGCCACUCUAUGCAACUCAUUGGUGGUUCCUAGCUAUGUUUCCUCGGUUGUUAAAUACUGAAGGCCUUCUGAUCUGACUGUUAUCCCCUUCUCCCUCUCUUAGCCAAGAGGGCAUCAAGAAGCGCUUCCGUUGAAGAAAAAACUUCAUCUUGGUAACAGACCAGGUGCCAGUAAUUGUCUACAAACCAAUUUCAACACUGUAUUUGGAAAGCCGGUCACAGGUGAACGCGUUCCAGAUCAGGCUCUAUCAAAAUAUAUAACAGUAGAAAACCAUGCCCCAACGUGUAGAAAUAAAGGUAUUCUGCCUUGGAAUACUGACCAAAUAUUGAAGAGGUCUGCCAACAACUUUUCCUCCCCAUCUUUUGUUGGUUUGGAAGAAGAAGAGAGGACUCUUCGAAGAGAGAAGAAAAAUCGGGAUGAACCUAAAGUGUGUGUGGCAUUCCGUAAGUAUGAGGAGGAAGAGGAAGAGGAGUCCUUGACUGAGAGUGUGAGUUCUUCUUUCAAGGAUACAAAAGACGACGGCAAAAAGACCUAUAAGCAUUUUGAACGUCAAAACUCUCCUAAUGUUAUGAGUGGUAAAGACAAUGAUUCUGGUUAUCUGUCAGAACAGGAUCUAAUAGAAAAGGGAAUGUCAUAUGAGGAUUUUAAACCUAGGGGGAUUUCAGAACUAGAGGAUUCCGAUGAGUUGCAUAUUAAAGAAAAUAUUGCACAAGCAGCAUAUGAUAGAAAGCUGCAGAUGAAUUUCCUGUCCCUGUCCAAAUACAGACCAACAAAGAUAGACCAACCAAGGCAGCAGCUUAGCACAAACCAAGAGCUCAGAAAGCAUCAGGAAUUCUGUGGUGCUGUGUCUGAUGAAUAUGCUAAAAAAGUUAGAUGGUUAGAGACAUCUGACAGAGAAUCUGAACAUGUCUGUAAUAAGGUGAUGAGCCAUGAAGAUGAAAAUGAAUCGAAACCUCUUACUGAUGUUAUACAGUCUCUGACAGAGCAAAAUUCAAAAUAUCAGAAGCAAAUCAAGGAUUUGCAUGAUGAGAAGAAUAGCCUUCAAGAAAGGCUAGUUAAAUCUGAAGAAGAUUGCAAGGAAUGCCUUAAAGAAGUGAAAAGACUACUGAAGAAAUGCAAGGAGUUUCAACAGCAAAAGUCAGCUCUGGAAGAAAAGCAGGAGCAGCUUUAUUCUGAGAAUCAACGUAUGAUGUCUGAGAUAAAUGAUUUACAACAGAAAGACCAGAAAACACAGGAAACCUUGGCUUUUUCCACACAUGAAAAAAGCGAUCUGAUUGUGUCCUUAAAAAAUUUGGAAAAACAAGUUUCAACCCUUCAAGAAGAAAAUAAGAAGUUAGGCGGGGAAGUACUUCAGCUAACAGACAACAAGGGUUUGUUAGAAAAGGUGGUUGGAGAAAACCAGAAUGAAAUGCAACAACUGAAGAUAAAUGAGAAAACUACACUAUCGAAUCUGGAGGCUCUUAUUAGGAUGACACAGUCGCUUAAAGACGAAAAACAGAGUCUUGAAAAGGCAUUGCAGGAGGUGCUCACUGUGAAAGAAGUCCUGCAGAAGGGGCUCGAAGAGGCCCAGUCAGGCAAAACUAAUACUGAGGAAAAACUUCUGAUGGAACGUAAAAGUACAAAAAUAGAAAUUGGUGUUUUGAAAACUAACUUGUCAAACAUGGAACGAGAGUGUGAGAGGAUGAGAAUGGUAGUAGCAGACAUGACAGACGAAAACCACAUUCUUAAAAAGGAGCUGAAUUCAUAUAAACAGGAGGCUUCUGAUUGCAGAAAUAAAACAAGACUACUGAGCGAGCAGCUCCUGCUGAUGGAAAAUGAAAUACGCUCUACAGAGAACGAGAGAGAUGUGUUGCAGUUUGAAGCACGCCGUCUCCAAAAGAAUAAUGCUAGCCUCAGGGACCAAGUUACGGCUUUGGUCGAUCAACAAUUUAAGCAAAGGCAUAAUUCCAGAAGCCAAAAGCAAAACGACCAAUUUGCAGAUCCCAGUGAAAUCUGUGAAGAAAUAUCUAGCUAUCAGCAUAUUUCUUUAAUACAUAACUCACCAGGUAUGUUUUGCUUUCUGAUAUGUAAAAUUCAACUCAGUUCUAAGUCUUUAUUAUUCUGAGGAAAAUGACAGUUGGUAUCAUCCUUAGGGUUAAUGUAAAAUAAAGGAAUAAAUGCUUAGAUUAAAAACAACAAGAAAUCACUGGCAAUGCCUGAAAUCUGAGGGUGCAGUUCAUCAGGCCUUUCCCCUCCCUCUCAGGCAAGACCCUUGGACAUGUGUGAGCCAGUCAUUUCUUGAAAUGCACCCAGGUAUAUAACUCAUAUAGUCAUUAGUGGUCCCCCUUCUCAAUAUGCCCUUGGCCCAGAAGUAUUACAGACCUGAGCAUGAGGUCUGGAAACAGCUGGACUUGUGUGGGGAAAAUAUUGUGCACUCAAUCUAUAGAUAUUUUCAGCCACAACCAAUACUGAGAUAAAUUGCUAGGUAUAGCUGAUUUUUAAAACACAUUUGAUUUUGUCUGUGUUACAUAUAAAAAAAUUCAAUGAAUUCAGCUUUUUAUAAAUUUAUAGUUCUGGUAAGAAAAUAGUUUUUAAAGUGACUUUUUCUCUGAAAUGUGUGUAGAAUAUGAUCCUGACAGAUGCUUUUUACUCAUUUAAGUCAUAAACAAACUGGGAGAAAUUUAUUUAAUGUUGAUAAAGAGCUGAUCAUAAGAAUUAUUAGCUUUGAUUGCUUUUGGAAUUGGUUUAAACUAACCUAACCUACCAUCAGUGAAAUAUUAGCAUUAGCUUCAGUGACUUAUUAGAUUUAUUCCUGAGACAUCAUGGUUAUAUAGGUUUGUAGAUACCACAGUCUCCAACAGUGAAUUGCUCAGGGGGUUUUUUCUUAAAGAAAGCUGUCCUUUUUUUCCAGGCAGUUCCAGACAAACUCCAACAAUCUGUCCUUCAAAGAAAGCAUAAUAAAAUUUUCUUCUUUGAAACCUGUUUUUAAACUCUCCUAUCCAUUUACUACCAUUUCCCCUUAAGUCUUUGAAUAAAAAAUUGGGUUGAUGUUUUACAGGUAACCAAUGAUAAGUUUUACACCUCUUUUUUCACAUCAUAUCAUUGCCUAAUCCAGUAUAGUAUAUACAUACCUGAUGGCUAAACAAGCAAUAAUGUAGCCUGAUGAACUAGCAGAAGCUAUAGAAUUAUAACAUCAAGUUCUAACAAUACCCGGAAACAAAACCACCACAUUGAGACAACUAUAUAGGGAAGAGUGCAUUAGUCAAAUAUGUUUCAUAUCCUACAUGCAUCAAAGUAGUUUGUAUUGCUUCCAAAGAGCAGGCCAUAUGAGAAGAUAAAAAUAUUUCCUUUUGACAUUAAAUCCUGUUAGCUCAAUCCAGUUAAUCAUUGUAAAUUUUGGUAGCAGCUAUGCACAAUAUAUGCACAUUUUAAAAUGCUUUACACCACAAUCCUAUGCCUGCCUGCUCAGAAGUAAGAUGAAAUGUAUGUAAAACACAAUCUUAUAUAUUUCGAUAUGAACGCCAUAGUGAAGUUGCACUAAUACCGUGGUACCUCUGGUUGCGAACGGGAUCCGUUCCGGAGGCCCGUUCGCAACAUGAAAAGAGAGCAACCCGCAGUGGCGUGUCUGCGCAUGUACAGGUUGUGAUUUGCUGCUUCUGUGCAUCCGCGAGCGGCAAAACCCGCAAGUAACCCCUUCCGGUACUUCCGGGUCACCGCAGGACAUAGUCUGAAAGAACGUAACAUGAAGCGGACAUAACAUGAGGUAUGACUGUAUUGACUUACUGAAUUGAUAAUUUCUAGGACAACCUGUUACCCUCCAAAUGUUGUAAAUUUCCAACAGCUCCCAGCCAUUAUGGUCAACGGUCAGUGAUGAUGGGAGCUAUAGUCUACAACAUCUGGAGGGUAGCAUGUUGAUUUCCUUUGCUCUCGGAUGACCCCACUGUCAUGGUCAGACCACUUCCUGUUGAAAAGUACCAACUUACCCUUUAGCACUGGGAAACCUGUUAGAAUGGCUUGCAUCUGGAGACUUGAGUCCAAUGGAUUCUUGAAUGCUCUGGGAGAUUUUCUGGUGGAUAGAAAUGGUGAUCAUGUGAAGGCCCUUGUCUCACUAAGGGCACUAAGAUGCAGAGGACCAGAGAUAUGAUUGCUCCUGAGUGCCCUCUCUGACAGUGUGGAGCAUAUUUGGCUUCCUGGUACACUGGGGAAGUACAUGCAGUGAAACAGGCUGGAUGAUUUCCAGAAAGCAGGUGAUGGAAAUACUACUGCAAAGACAACUGAACAUGCAUUAAGAGCACAUAACCAUGUUUGCUGCAUGGCAGUGAAAGCAGCAAAGGCAACCUAUUUUGCUGCUUCCACUGUGUCCUCAAGAAAUUGGCCAGCAGAACUCAUCAGGGUAGGCCAAGACUGUUAACACCUAUAGUGGUAGAUGAGGCUCAAGAUACCUACCUCAGAUACCUACCUCAUUUUACCAACUUCAGUUGCUAAGAUAACUGGCUAUUCCUGGAUCAGGAUAGCUUGCACACAGUUGUGCAUGCAUCAGUAACCUCAUGGCUUGGUUACUGCAAUGUGCUCUUUGCAGGGCUGCCCUUGGGGUUAGUCUGGAAUCUGCAGCUGCUGCAGCCUGCCAAGACUAGGUUGCAAACGACCACCAUAUAACAGUUUACUUGCAGGAUUUGUACUGGCUGCUGAUAUGCUACUGGGCUACAUUCAAAGAGUUGGUUCUAACAUAUAAGGCCUCAUACAGUUUAGGACCAGCUUGCUUGAGAGAUCGCCUUAGCCCUUAUAUACCCAGUAGAUCACUGUGGUCUGUUGGCAGAUUUCUUCUGUAAAUUCCAAAGAUCUCAGAAGCCUGCUCAGAGCAGGGCUUUGAGUGUGGCUGCCCCUUCUGUGGAAUAGUGUUCAUCUCACUGUGACAGGUCUCCACCUGCACUUUCUGGAAACAAUUGAAGACAUUUUUGUUCCGAUAGGCUUCCCCAACUGGAUAAAUGGAUCUUUUCUGUGAAUGUCUGUUUAGUAGUUUUAGCUUUGUUUAAAAUGUAUCUGCUUCUUUGAGAGUUUUUAUUAGUUUUUGCUGUUUUUAUUGUACAUCACCUUGAGAUGAUUCUGUAGAUUAAUAAUGAUCACAGACUCAUUGAAGGGACCCCAAGGGUAAUCUAGUGCAACCCGUUGCAAUACAGGAAGGUUAUAUUGUUAGCAAUAAUACGGCCAGGGUCUAUAUUUUUCUGUUACAUAUAUUUCUAUAGUCUCUGAAGCAUGGUUUAUAACCCAGCAUGUUUCUUUGACAACAGUAGUCAGAUUUUGAAAAUUUGCAAAUCUUUGGCCUGUUCCUUGUGUUUCUUUUGUGAUUUGUUGGCCACACCUUCAGAUUUGGCCAACCUUAUAUGCAUGUAUAGUAUAAUUGGUACUGAAGCUGAAGCAAAUCCAAACCACUGGUGUCUAGGACUUUCUACAUAGUUACACAAAGCAUUUGAGAUGCUAUUUUUUCCAUAGAAUGACACACCAACCAAAUAUAUGCAGUUACUGUCAGUGGCACCAGUCUCUUCACUAGACCUGCUGCUAUGUGGAGUCCGUAUAAACUAUUUUACCACACAUUCUGUUCAGACUGAAUAAUGCCACAUCUGUGCAAAUAGUGUCCAUGCCAGGGGGUCAUAAACAUACCUACUGCAAAAUACAGAUAUACUAUUUCAGACAGACUGCUGAAACAGCCUCUGCAUUAUUUACAUGCACACAAAAAGGCCAUAAAAGUUUAUGAGUGACUUAACAUUAAUGUUACUUCAGUAGAAAGAGUGAUAGCUUGUAAAAAAUUCAUACCCUUUGCUGUCUGCCCAUAAGAAUUAAUAUGUGAACCUAUGACACCUCUUCUGACACAAUGCAGCAAUUUCAUUUUUAUGCAAUGGUGUAUAUAUCUGUAAUCUGACAAUUGCAUUAUAUUGCAGAUAAGCAAUCAAUUCAUGUCUAUAUUUGCAAAUCUUGCGGAGGGUGGAUUUAUGUCUGUCAUAAAAGUAUAAGAGCAUGAAUAUUUUAGGGCCUUUUUGUUUACAAUGUGAAUUCUAAUUUCAUUCAUUUGCUUUUUGAAAAUUGACUUAAUAUCUUGAUGUGUCAGAACACAUCUAAAACAAGCUUCCCUCUAAUUAUAAUUAUACCUAAUGCAAUUUCCUGUGCUCUGUGCACACAGGAUUGGGCAUCACCUUCCCAACUCCAAUGCAAGAGCACAAGUAAGUCCCUAUGUAGCACAGGUGGUUCCCCCUGCCUACUGCCAUGGCAUAAAAGUGAGGUGUGAGUGACAGCAUCCUAUAGUCCCUUCACAGAACAUUCUGAGUCUUCCAGAUCUUUAGGGGUUACAGAGGGUGGCAACAAUCUCACUGUAGGGUUCAAAGGUAGGGACUUUCAUGCCAAGUAAAUUGGAGCCAAGCAGCUCUGCUCCAUCCUUUUGUAACUGAAAUAGAGCAAGCCUCUGCUUAGGUAGAUUAACAGACUUAGGCAAUUUACUCUGUAUUUAUGAAUACAGAGAAAAAUCCACACGAAAAAAAUCAGACAAGAAGAAAGCUUUCAGUUGUGGUUACAAUUACUGCAAUAAUCAGGAUGAUUGUUCCACGUUUAAAUGUGAAACAGAUUAAGUAUAUAAACUUGCUUGUGUGUGGCACUUACCAUGUUGUCCUUUACUGGAAGAUGAUAGCUGUUGCUGAAAUAUCUCUUUCCUAGACAUCUACUAUCUCCACAGAACAUUCCUAUACACUAAGGGCAUAGGUCAAGGUUUAAAAGGUCUUGCAAAGGCAGGGAUGUUGUCUGUCAACAGAUUACACCCUCUGUCCUCAUCUUUGGCAGAAUCAUUGAGCUCCUGUAAGGCUAACCUUUGAGUACAUUGAGCGCCCCACUAACUCACCUAGGAAGAAGAGAAGGUUAAACUACCCUGUCUAUUAAGACUGCAUACUAUAUUAUUUGUUCCUAAACAUCUAAGGGAGAGAUAUAUACUUAUCAAACAGGGAAGGAAAAUUUGUUUUACGUCCUAUCAGCUGUGGGAAUUCCACUGCAAAUAAUUAAAUUGGUUAGUUCAUUAGAUCUUAAAGCUAUCUUAUCUUCUUUCCUAACAUUUCCAAUUUGGUAGAGUGUGGAAAGAUUUCUGAAAUCCGAAAGAAACUGGAAGAGGAGGAACUCUAUACAGAAAAGAAGCGCAACACCACCAAGAAGCUCUACAGUGCUUUUUCAGUCAGCUGCACCACAUCCGUCUUUUAUGAGUCGGGUUUUCCAACUGCUGUGCGGAAGAAAUAUAGCACUAUUUGCUCUGCUACUUAGUGCUUUAAGGGUUAUGCCCACAGAAGUUAAGCACUACUCUAUUUUCCAAUUGUUGUGCCUGAAAAGCAUAACAAAGAGCAGAGCAAUCAGAAAUCCAAGUACUAUGAAAGAAACUAACUUGAGGUUGUAGAUGAGAAAGAGAUUUGAGCUGCACACACAUAAUACAUAUUUAUGGUUACUUUUAUACUAUUCCCAUUCGUUUCAGCUGGAGCUUUUUCCUCAAAGAAUGAAACACCUGACAAUGUUUUGAAUGAUAUUUUAUGCUAUUUCAAUUCCAAGAAAGGAGGUAAUCAUCUGAGCUUUGUCAUAAUUGUUCACUGAAUAUAAAAGGAUGCAAACUGGAAAUAAAGACAAUUUCUGAUGAAAUGUAAAGCUUGAGUAUUGUACCCAAACCAGUCUUCAUUUAAAAAUCUUUGCAUUU